AUGGCUAUCUUCGAACAUGUUCAGGAUGUCAUCGGCCAACUGCCGGUUCUCAAAAGUUACAGUCAUAUGUUAAUAUGUUUCCCUGUCCAGGAUGAUAAGCGCGAAGUCGCCCUCCAGGAACUCGAGCGCGCAGUCCGCCUCGUGAUGAAGACGUUUCCGUAUCUCUCUGGAAGAGUUAUCAAUGAGGGCAGUGGUGCUGGAAGUUCCGGGACGUUCAAGGUCACAACCUACAAAGAAUGGGAAUCUGAAACCCAUGUCUUCGUACGUAUUCAAGAUCGCACAAGUGAUUGUCCUGGUUAUGACGAACUUUGCUCCGCCCAGGGGCCAUCAUCCAUGUUGCCAGGGCAUUUGUUGAGUUCACGAGUGGCGUUUCCGGAAACCUACCAGGACACAGAGGAUGACCCGGCUCCUGUCCUGGACUUCCAGGCAAACAUCGUUCGCGGCGGAUUGUUGCUGGACUUGGCCGCGCAGCAUAAUAUUAUUGACGGGACGGGGAUUUUCCAAAUCAUAAACUUAUUGGCCACCGCUUUACGUGGAGACCAAUUCCCUCUUUUUCAACUCCACGAAGGAAACCGCGACCGUCGUGAUUUAAUUCGAUUGCUCGGCCCAGAUGAGCCUCUCCUCGACCAUAGCGAGCUCAAACCUCCUGUCAUUAUGAAGGCGCCUCCCCCGUCAGACAUUCUGGCCCCUUACAAAUGGCGAUACUACCGCUUCCCGGUGGACUCGGUGAACAAAAUCCGAGAUCUGGCAAACAGUAAGCCAGAAGAUUUCGAUCCCUCUACAGAAUCCCUUUCUGUAAACGAUGCCAUCACUGCAUUUUGCUGGCAACGGAUUACGGCUAUCCGUCUGAGAAAGCUAGAAACUCCCGCCGCAUUCUCAAAGCUCAGCCGAGCUAUAGACUUCCGGCGUAUUAUGAGACUCACCCCGGCCUACUUAGGCCAUAUGGUCCGCGUCUGCAAUACGCGCCUCACUUUUGAAGCCAUCAUCGAAAGCUCCCUUUCGCGGCUUGCUUCACUCCUCCGCAAGGACGUGCAGGAAAUCAGCAAUGAGUAUGCCCUCCGUAGCUAUGUUACGUUCAUCGCAAACGAGCCGGAUAAGUCCGAUAUUGCGUAUGGCGGGUCAUUCAAUGCGCAGACGGACUUUUCCUGUUCGUCAAUUGCUCAUGUUAAGGCUCCUGAUUUCGGGCCGCUAGGAAAGCCUGGACUGAUGAGGAGACCGACAUUCCAGCCUUUGCCUUGUUCGUCGUAUAUUGCUCCGGUGUUGCAUGGAGAAGGCAUGGAGGGCCUGUUUUGUUUGCAUGAGAGUGAAAUUGAGGCUUUGGCGGAGGAUGAGAUGUGGAAGGAAUUGGUUGAGUAUAUUGGAUAG